AUGUUAAGCGUUGUAAAUGGUGUUAAAGCUUUGCGAUUUCAGCAAUCCAUAGGAACUUGCAAACGAACUUUGUACUCGAGACUUCGAGAUACAUCUGAGUUUGUUACUCUAAAAUCGGCUAGCAAACUCAGAACAGUGUCGGCCCCCGCUUACAUAUCGUCCCCAAACUCCAAGCUGCAGUCUGUGAUCUGGCACCGGCCGCUGCAAAACGUUCUUAUUACGAAAAAACCAUGGGCCGAUAACACUCGUAAAGCAAUGGUUGAUUUUAUUACACAUUUGCACGACUCAUACCCGGAGAUCAAUGUCCUGGUGGUUCCAGACGUUGCCGAAGAGAUAGCUCAGGAUUUUGUCAAGAAUCCACAAUCGAACCCUGGCGAACCACACGUCUUGUACACUGGCGAAAUUGAAGACAUCGUCGAUAAAGUUGAUCUUCUGGUCACCUUGGGAGGCGAUGGCACCAUUCUCAGGGGAACGUCGCUGUUUGCCAACUCUCAAGUACCACCGGUGCUAGCAUUCUCGCUUGGUACAUUGGGAUUUCUGUUACCGUUCAACUUUAAAAACCACAAGGCAGUUUUCGAACAGGUGAUGAAUUCUAGAGCAAAAUGCUUACACAGAACACGCUUGGAGUGUCAUAUCAUUCGUCGUGGUACCGAUUCACUCGAAAAGCGACCCGCUCCACACCAUGCCAUGAAUGAUAUCUUUAUACAUAGAGGCAAUUCACCGCACUUGACGAACUUGGACAUCUACAUCGAUGGGGAAUACUUAACAAGAACUACUGCGGACGGCGUUACUUUGGCUACUCCCACGGGCUCGACCGCAUACUCUUUAUCUGCAGGCGGAAGUAUUGUGUCUCCACUGGUGCCCUCUAUCUUACUGACUCCAAUAUGUCCUCGCUCACUUUCGUUCCGGCCCCUAAUUUUGCCUCACUCGUCCCACAUAAAGAUCAAGAUUGGUUCGAAACCUUUACAAGGCCCUGACAACAAGGUGGUCAAACUAUCUAUCGAUGGGGUGCCCUUAGAAGAUUUGAAUGUUGGUGACGAAAUUCACGUAGUAAACGAAGUGGGCACCAUCUACGUGGAUGGUUCCGAACUACCCAGCACGAAAAACUCAGAUAACGCCAAACAACGGGGCCAAUCGACCAAAAAUUCCGGCAUUUACUGUAUUGCCAAGACCGAGAAUGACUGGACUCGCGGCCUUAACGAGCUUCUGGGAUUCAAUUCCAGUUUCCGCUUCACCUCCCGUAAAGACAACUAA